AUGGCUACCACCGAAUUCAUCGGUCUCACUUUCUCAAACGCAUCAAACGAACUGAAACCAAUUCCUGGAGCUGGUGUCGACCCCGAGUUUCUGGUCAGAUAUGCUCGUUCCCUAGAUGACUACGGGUACAAUUAUACACUCAUCCCCUACGGCUCUACCGGCUUCGAUCCUUUCACACUCGGUGCGACGGUGCUGGCCAAGACGAAAAACAUCAAAAUCAUCAUCGCGCUCCGACCAAACACUUUGUAUCCCACUGUCGCUGCGAAAGCACUUGCAACACUUGAUCAAUUGAGUGGCGGACGUGUUGUAGUACACUUUAUUGCUGGCGGAAGUGAUGCUGAGCAGGCAAAGGAGGGCGACUUUCUCACCAAGGAUCAACGCUAUGGCCGGUUAGAAGAGUAUAUCAAGAUCUUGCGACGCACAUGGCAGUCGAAGGAACCCUUUGAUUGGGAAGGCACUUAUUACACCUUCAAAAAUUUUCACAGCGACGUCGUGCCCAAGGAGAAGAACAUACCAGUGUCUGUUGGUGGUUCUUCUGACGAAGCAUACCGAAUUGGUGGCUCUCUCGCCGACAUCUUCGGGCUCUGGGGUGAACCACUCAAGGAAACCAAGGAACAGAUCGACCGCAUCUAUGCUGAAGCCGAGAAAGCAGGCCGAAGCGACCGCCCUCGCAUCUGGGUCACUUUCCGACCGAUCACUGCCGAGACUGAUGAUCUAGCUUGGGCCAAAGCACACAGAACCCUCGACGUGUUGACCAAGCACACUGCGAAUGGUGUAGGCAAGUCGCCGGCCAAUGCGCCAGCGCCGCAAAAUGUUGGAUCUCAGCGUUUGCUCGACAUUGCGAAGAGAGGCGAGGUUCAAGAUCGCGCGCUAUGGUAUCCCACCGUGACAGCGACCAACGCGAGAGGCGCAUCGACGGCAUUGGUUGGGUCGUAUGAGACUGUCAAGGAAUCAUUGCUUGAUUAUGUUCAGUUGGGUGCUGACCUCAUCUCGAUCCGUGGAUACGACAAUUUCAACGACGCCGUCGAGUGCGGAACGCAUAUCCUGCCUGGCGUCAGAAGCGAGAUCCAGAAGAGAUAUGGUUGA